UUCGUCUGCACCUUCGUUGAAUUCUGUUUUGUAAAUUGUGUCAUUCACUUCACGUGCAAAAUUUUGAAUUAAAUGAAAAAUGACUUCUCGUGUAUUGUUAAUGCGCUCUCUGGGUUUUCCUUUCAGAGGUUCGUCAACACUAACGCGAAGUAGAUCCCUGUUGAUCUUGAAUUCCUAUUCAAGUGAAAUACAUGGAAGGAAAUCGUUGAAUCCGUUACGUCAUUCUUCUAGAAGUUGCAUCCACCAAAAGGGAUAUUAUUCAUUAUUGAAUUGCAAUUCCAAUUCCCCACUACUCCAUCAACUUCCGAAGUAUCCAUCGCCUAUUGUCACUGUUCAAACUCGCUACUUCUCAUCUCAGAAUAAUGAUGGAUCGGAUGAUGGAAACCAUAAUGAACCAUCUUCCGGAAAUAUUUCGAGUAUGGGAGGUGCAGGAGACCAUGGUGGAUCAGGGCCAGUUAUUCACUCAUUGCCAGCAACCAUGACAGUUCCAGAGAUCUGGCCAAAUGUGCCUGUUAUAGCAAUCAACAGAAACCCUGUCUUUCCUCGGUUUAUCAAAAUAAUUGAGGUUACAGACAAGACUCUUGCUGACCUUAUUAGACGUAAAGUUCGUUUAAACCAACCAUAUGCAGGAGUCUUCAUGAAAUGCAAUGAUAGUGAGGAGUCUGAUGUUGUUAAGAACCUAUCUGAUAUAUAUCCAGUGGGAACGUUCGUUCAAAUUCAUGAACUCCAAGAUCUUGGUGACAAACUUCGAAUGAUUGUCAUGGCACAUAGGCGAAUCAGGAUUACUGGGCAACUAAUGGAAGACGUCAACGAAGGAGCACAAGAGGACAAGGCGACGAAAAGGAAGGCAAAACGAGCCAACAUCCGCAAGCGGAAAGAAGAAAAGUCUGAUAACGAAGAUAUCAAUUUAGAUGUCGCUGCCGAGAAACCUCCAGUCGAACCAUCUUUUGCACCACAAGAUUCCCAAUCUGUGUUAAUGGUGGAGGUGGAAAACGUCAAUCAUGACAAGUUCACCAUAAACGAAGAAACAAAGGCGUUAACUCAGGAGAUUAUAAAGACUAUCCGAGAUAUCAUUGCUCUCAAUCCUUUGUAUCGGGAGUCCAUUCAACAGAUGCUUCAUCAAGGCCAGCGCGUAGUAGAUAACCCAGUCUAUUUAGCUGAUUUGGGCGCGGCGCUAACAGCCGCGGAGCCUGCCGAUCUCCAACAAGUCAUCGAAGAAACUAGCAUACCUAAACGUUUGGUGCUCUCUUUAUCGCUGCUUAAGAAAGAGCUAGAAUUGAGCCGUUUGCAGCAAAAAAUUGGGCGAGAAGUGGAAGAAAAAGUCAAAGCCCAACAUCGUAAGUACAUGCUACAAGAGCAGUUGAAGGUGAUUAAAAAAGAAUUGGGAUUGGAGAAGGAAGAUAAGGAUGCAAUCGACGAAAAGUUUCGAGCCAGACUAAAGGAUAAAACAAUACCACCUGCCAUUAUGGAAGUUAUCGAGGAAGAACUAAAUAAAAUGGGCUUCCUCGAUAAUCAUUCAUCCGAAUUCAACGUAACACGCAAUUACCUUGACUGGUUGACGACACUGCCUUGGGGCAUAACUAGUAAAGAAAACCUUGAUUUGAAGAGAGCCGCUGCGGUUCUCGACGAAGACCAUUACGGCAUGGAAGAUGUGAAGAAGCGAAUUCUAGAAUUUAUUGCUGUCAGUGAACUGAAGAAAAGCACACAGGGGAAAAUUCUAUGCUUUUAUGGACCACCGGGAGUUGGCAAAACUUCGAUCGCCCGCUCUAUUGCCAAAGCAUUAAACCGUGAAUAUUUCAGGUUUUCCGUUGGUGGAAUGACAGAUGUAGCUGAAAUUAAAGGGCAUCGGCGUACGUAUGUUGGGGCUAUGCCCGGAAAGAUGAUCCAGUGUUUGAAAAAAACGAAAACGGAGAACCCUUUAGUGUUGAUCGAUGAAGUGGACAAGAUCGGCAAGGGCUACCAGGGCGACCCGGCCUCUGCGCUUCUUGAACUACUGGAUCCUGAACAGAAUAAAAAUUUCCUUGAUCAUUACCUAGAUGUUCCCAUCGAUCUAUCAAAAGUGCUUUUUAUCUGCACAGCAAACGUAAUUGAUACCAUUCCGGAACCCCUUCGAGAUCGAAUGGAGAUGAUUGACGUGUCCGGUUACGUUGCGGAAGAGAAAAUGAACAUUGCCGAGAAAUAUCUAAUUCCUCAGGCUAGGCGAGAUACAGGAGUCGCCGACACCCAAGUUACAAUCGAUUCCGAUGCGCUGCAAACUCUCAUCAAAUCUUACUGCCGCGAAAGCGGUGUUCGAAACCUGCAGAAGCAAGUGGAAAAGAUCUUUCGUAAAGCUGCCUUCAAGCUUGUCCAAGGAGAUGCCGAAACCAUCACUGUCGGGCAGCAAAAUCUUCAGGAAUUUGUUGGCAAGCCCAUUUUCACACAUGAUCGUCUGUACGACUUGACCCCACCUGGUGUGGUAAUGGGUUUAGCCUGGACAGCCAUGGGAGGCUCCACUCUGUACAUCGAAACUUCUCUGAGAAGACCGUUACGAACUAAACCUUCACGAAGACUGGAGGAAAAAGAAGAAAAGGAGGAAGGCGCCCAAGGAUCUAUUGAGCUGACAGGCAAUUUGGGUGAUGUCAUGAAAGAAUCGGUUCGCAUAGCCUAUACGGUAGCUAAAAUGUUCGCCUCAAAAGUGAGGCCUGAUGAUCGCUUUUUCGCUGAAGCACAAAUCCAUGUUCAUGUCCCCGAGGGCGCAACUCCAAAAGACGGACCGAGUGCUGGUUGCACCAUCGUAACAGCUCUUCUUUCUUUGGCUAUGAACGAGCCCGUUCGCCAAAAUGUGGCCAUGACCGGAGAAAUAUCUUUGACUGGAAAAGUUUUGCCUGUAGGUGGCAUCAAAGAGAAGGUUAUCGCUGCAAAACGAGUGGGCGUUGACUGCAUUCUAUUGCCGGCUGAGAACCGAAAAGAUUUUGACGAUUUGGCGAGCUUCAUCACCCAAGGGUUGGAGGUUCAUUUCGUCGACCACUAUAGGGACAUUUUUCCAAUUGUUUUUCCUCGCCUGGCCAACCAGGAGCAAGUCCAGUCAGUUAACUCUAGUUGAAUAUGCCUCUAAUUUUUUUCUUCCAUUGUAGUACAACAUCGAGGUUUUCAUGUUGAAAAUACGAAUUUCAUCUAACAAA